AUGCCUAAGCCAGGACCAAGACCGAUUGUUUGUGAGAUUCAUAGCCAAUCUACCAAGAAGAACACAGAAUGGCAAGAGAAGCUUCCUGUUGUUGUCUUGAGAGCUGAAGAAAUCAUGUAUUCCAAAGCCAAUUCUGAGGCUGAGUAUAUGGACAUGAGUACACUUUUAGACCGUACAAAUGACGCCAUUAACACCAUAAUCCGACUCGAUGAAACAACUGAAACCGGGGAAUUUCUUCAGCCUUGUAUUGAAGCUGCGUUGCAUUUAGGCUGCACGCCAAGGAGAGCUUCAAGGAGCCAACGGAACAUAAACCCGAGAUGUUAUCUUAGCCAAGACUCAACUAACUUGGACAACAUUUUGUCCAAGCAAUACCAACUUUUCAUGAAACCAAACAAUCUUGCUCCAAAGAAUCUUCCGGGUAUGACUUCCCACAACGAUGUUCUAAGCUCACCGCAAGAGAACCGGGUCGAGAAACGUCCUGUUUCCACCAAGUACUCAACCUACCCUUUAUGCUAUUCGUUCCGGUUUCCUUCUUUGCCAGUCUCUAACAAUGUCACCGCCUCGUGCAAGUCCAAGAAUAGACCGGCGAGUGUUAUAGAUGCGACAAAUGGUAUUACCUUUGGUGGGUGUGAUCUCUCUCUCCGGUUAGGUCCUCUUGGAGAUAUCAGAUCUCCUCCUACUCAAAAACGGAGUAAAACCAGCCACAACAACAAGAGCUGA